AUGAAAGUUGCGGGACCGCAAGUACAAUCAAGGGACCAUACGCAUACAAAAGUAGAUGACAGCGACUGGUUGAUUACCUUUCUGGGCUUCGGGCGAACCGGAAUGUCCUAUUCGGGAAUAUACCGGUGGACUCGAGGUGGAUACCGCGGCAAUUUAGGCGCCCGAGGCGACUACGAACGGGGUGCCAUGCCAGCAGCUGGGUGUAGCACUUGGUAG